AUGGCGGAGGCCCAGCCACAGCAACAGCAACAGCAACAGCAGCAGGCUCUUCAGAGCACACAGAAAGUGUCAGAUGUCAUUCGUAAUUAUCGUCCCACAAAGGCGUUCAGAACGUCCAAGCACGAUGCCUCACAGCACGUAACAUCUUUGGAUUUUGACGAUCAAGGUGACUAUUUGGUGGCUGCUGGAGAGGAUGAGACAAUUCAAGUCUUCGAUAUUAAGGAGGGGAAAUCUACCAAAUCUGUUCCGAGCAAGAAGUAUGGAGUCCAUUUGGCCAGGUUUACCCACCAUUCCCGUCAGAUACUUCACGCCAGCACCAAGGUUGAUGAUUCACUGCGGCUUCUCGACCUACAUAAUGAGAGCUACGUGCGGUAUUUCUCCGGCCACACAGACAAGGUGACAUGCUUAGCGCUUUCUCCCGGUAGCGACUCGUUCAUCUCGUGCUCCAAGGACGACACAGUGACUCUCUGGGACCUCAAUUCGAGAAAUGCGCAGGGGAAGCUAAAGCUUUCAACGCCAUAUCUUACUGCAUUCGAUCCUUCGGCCUCGGUGAUCGCAAUCGCGUCGCAGUCAACCUCAUCUGUAAUCCUUUAUGACGUUCGGAAUUACGACAGGUCCCCAUUCUCUACCUUCGAUCUCGCACAGUACGAGGAAGUGUACACCCCUACCACACGUGGCAGAGCUUGGACUCGUCUUGAGUUCUCGAAUGAUGGGAAGCAUUUGCUUGUUGGUACAGACUACCAUGGACAUUUCAUCUUGGAUGCCUUUGAUGGCAGACUCAAGGCCUUCCUGGUUGGCAAGAACGGAUCACCUGGUAGAGCUGCCCCGGUCUCGACCACUGGGAAGCCCCUCGGUCAAGGCGAUGCAUGCUUCACACAAGAUGGGAGAUAUGUCAUUGGGGGCUCGGGAGACAAGCCGGAUAUCCUUGUUUGGGAUACGCAUCAAGCACCAGAUCCAAGCUCCUUCCUGCAUCCUAUGACCAGAUUGUCUAGCCGCGGCCGAACUGCCAUAGUUGAGUGCAAUCCGAGAUACAACAUGCUCGCUACCGCUGAUAGAGACAUUCUCUUCUGGCUGCCCGAAGACAAUUCCAAACCGGCGGAAGAAAAGUGA